UCUUCACCGCCGCUUUUUCUGGGAAAGCGGCGCCAAGAUGGCGGCUCCCAUACUCAAAUGGAAGCGCGUAACCAACUCGAGCGGGCCGGUACCCAGGCCUCGCCACGGUCACCGCGCCGUUUCCAUUAAAGAGUUGAUGGUCGUUUUCGGCGGGGGGAACGAAGGGAUCGUGGACGAGUUGCACGUUUAUAAUUCAGCAACCAAUCAGUGGUUCAUCCCAGCGGUGAGGGGGGAUAUUCCUGCAGGCUGUGCAGCCUACGGAUUCGUAUGCGAUGGGACUCGACUGUUGGUGUUUGGCGGCAUGGUGGAGUACGGAAAGUACAGCAAUGAGUUGUAUGAGCUACAGGCAAGCAGAUGGGAAUGGAAGAAGUUGAAGGCCAAAGCCCCCAAAAAUGGCCCUGCACCAUGUGCCCGUCUUGGGCAUUGCUUUUCUGUAAUUGACAAUAAAUGUUAUUUAUUCGGUGGAUUAGCCAAUGACAGUGAAGAUCCAAAAAACAAUAUUCCACGGUAUUUAAACGACUUGUAUAUAUUGGAGCUGAAGCCAGGGUCAGGAGUUGUAGGAUGGGACAUACCAGUCACCUAUGGAACCCCUCCACCACCCAGAGAGUCCCACACUGCAGUCGUGUAUCGCAACAAGGACAAAAAAGCAAAGCUUGUCAUCUAUGGUGGAAUGAGUGGCUGCCGACUUGGAGACCUGUGGAUGCUAGAUAUUGAGACUUUAACAUGGAACAAACCAGAAGUUGCCGGAGUUCCACCACUGCCCCGAAGCCUACACUCAGCCACAAUGAUUGGGAGCAAAAUGUAUGUUUUUGGUGGCUGGGUCCCCCUUGUGCUAGAAGAUGUCAAAGCUCCCACGCAUGAGAAAGAGUGGAAGUGCACAAAUACUCUGGCAUGUCUGGAUCUGGAAACAAUGACUUGGACUCAGAUCUCUACUGAAUCAUUUGAGGACAGCAUUCCUCGUGCUAGAGCUGGUCACUGUUCAGUCUCCAUAAGUACACGGCUCUAUGUGUGGAGUGGCCGAGAUGGCUACAGAAAAGCUUGGAACAAUCAAGUCUGUUGUAAGGACUUAUGGUAUCUUGAAACAGAAAAGCCUCAUGCUCCUGGCAAAGUCCAGCUGGUUCGAGCAAGUACCAACUCCCUUGAGGUCAGUUGGGGAUCAAUACCCACUGCCGACAGCUACCUGCUUCAGCUUCAGAAGUACGACGUCCCAACAGCUGCUGCCGCCGUGACGCCUUUGUCAAGCUCUGCCGUUUCGGGCAUCCGGCCAUCCAGCAGUCCUGCUCCUGCGGCAGCCGCACCAAUGUCACCUGCUCCGGUACAGCCAGGAAUCCGCUUUGUUACACAGACAACUGCUGCUCUGGGUGCGCAGGCUGCAUCCCUAACCACAGGUGCAGCAUCACCAACUGUAGUCAGGAUCCCUGCUGCUGUAGCUUCUCCACGUGGGCCAGGCUCACCGAUGAUCAGGGCCACUACAGGGCAGCCAGUGGUCGCAACAGCAGCUUCAGCCACGCCGCUCAUCACCGUGCAACGGCAAGCUGCACCUCAGAGCAAAACACCCAUCACUGUGGCAGCCCUUCCACCAGGUGUUCGCAUGGUGAUGCCAGCUCAAACCACAACAGGGACUCCACUUACUUCUAGUCCACAGAUGAGUGGAAUGGCAGCUUUGGCUGCAGCAGCUGCUGCUACUCAGAAGAUUCCUUCCAGCACAGCAGUUACCUCAAUCGGACUUCACCCUAGCACAACCAUGGUGAAAACAGUGGCAGUUGCUCCUGGAGCCAGUACACUGGCUACCACUGUGAAGGUCGCCACUCCCUCAGUCAUGGUCAACACGCCGGCAACCUCAAUGCUGAAGACCGCUGCUGCCCAGUUAGUGACCCCGACCCAUGCUGCCACUUCCACUACUUCGGCUAGACCCAUCAUCACAGUGCACAAGUCAGGGACAGUCACUGUGGCCCAGCAGGCACAGGUGGUGACUACUGUGGUGGGAGGGGUCACAAAAACUAUUACACUGGUUAAAAGCCCUAUCUCCAUGGCGGGAGGAAGCACACUGAUUUCCAACCUGGGAAAAGUGUUAACCCUGCAGGCUAAACCAGGGCAACAGGCCACCAUUUCGGGCCCGGGUUCCACUGGGCCACUUACACAGAUUUUCCAGACUAAAGGUCAACUGCCCCCAGGAGCUACCAUUUUGAAGCUCGUUACUUCAGCAGACGGGAAACCCGCCACCAUCAUCACCACCUCCCAGGCCGGAAACGUGGGCCUUAAGCAGACGUUUGUCAGCCUCGGCAACGUGUCACCUGCCUCUUCAAAACCAGCGACUACCAUUCUCAAAACAAUUCCUAUGUCUGCACUUAUUUCGCAGCCUGGAACAACAGGUGUCACAGGAAGCCCUGGCAUGAAAUCCCCAAUUACCAUCAUCACUACAAAAGUGAUGACGUCAGGAACUGGAACACCGACGAAAUUCAUCACGGCUGUGCCCAAACUGCAAACAGGACAACAGGGACUCACCCAGGUAUUGCUGAAAGGUGCUGCAGGACAGCCUGGCACUAUCCUGCGAACAAUCUCUGGGACACCAGUUAGUGGAGUCAGGCUGAUCACCCCAGUGACCGUAUCUGCCACCAAACCAGCACUCACAACUUUGGUAGUAAAAGGGACCACAGGUGCAAGUACAUUGGGGACGAUAGCAGGUACGAUGGGCACCACACUUGCAGGAGUGUCCACUGUUUCGCCCACGCUCAACACGCCCAUUGCCACCCUUGGCACCAUCGCCAACCUUACUGGCCAGAUAAUCAGUGCAUCCCCCAACACCACUCAGAAACUUACUGCUGUAACUGGAACAACUUCCACAGCUCCCAUCAUCACCAUUCAGCCUGUGUCAGAACCAAACCGGGUUACGAUUGUUGCCUCCCCCAGUGGCAUGGUGACGCAGCAGGCACAACAGCUUGUAAAUUCAGGGUCAGCUUUGGUUGCAGCACCUCGGGUCGCUACGGUGAACUCAGAAACUCAGACCCACAAACUCGAGUUCGUAGAAAUGCCAGUCAGGUGUUCAAAUCCUCCCCACGAGACGUCAGAAACCAACACCACCAACACAUCUACAACCACCACGGCAAACAUUGCGGCAAACCAAGUCCAGCCACCUGCUAUGAACGCACAAGGUAUCCCUGAAAGUGUACACGGUGAAACAGCAACAGCAGGAACAACAAACACUGCAACCACAGCAUCUACAGCUCAGAGUGGGGCGGUUACCAUGGUAACACAGUCCACACCUGCACCUGGACCCUCCACACAGGCAGCUCCAUCAACUGAAGCGCAGUCUAAUAACAUCGAGCAAGGUUCCGUGUCUACAGUGAGGCAGACUGUUGGACAUAUUUUGCCUGCCAGCUCUUCAGGUGCUGGUACCACAUUAACAGUUCGGGUCUCUGGCAGCACGAACCAAGGAACAACAGCGGCUACCUUGGCGCAGGUGCUGCAACCUCAGACCAAUGUCAGCCUUCAUCAAGACCAACUCCUCCCUCCUCGAGAGCUCCUGGCUGACAGCCGGCCCGAGACCCUCGCCGAGCUGGGUCUGUCUCCCGAAGAGCUGGCUGUAGCAGCUGCCGCUGAGGAGGCAGCCCGAUUGGCGGCACUAGAAGAACCUAGGACGGUGACGACGACACAGGUGUCUCUGGUGUCUAAAGGGACUGCAACUGCAGCAAGGGAAGAGGCCAUGGAUACCUCAUCGGCAGAUUUAGCAACAAUGCAGCCAGCACAGCUGUCGCACCAGGCACUGCAGACACUGGUGUCCCUGCAAUCCAUCGUACCAUUAGCUGAACUUGCACAGCAAGAUAUAGAAAGAGCACGGCAGCAGCAAGCUGCAGAGAGCAACCAGCCCUCCCGGCCAGCAGAGGCUCUAGCGCCAGCAGAUAGUCUCAAUGAUUCUACCUCGGAGACCAAUGGGCCACAAGAACUGCCUAGUACAGUCUCAAGUGUUCAGUUGCCUAUUCAGAAGACCACAGGUUUGGCACCAUACACUUCCCUCUUGACGUCAUCAACCAACCAAAUCUCUAGUCCAAUGAAACUACAGGCAGCCACUGCUUUAGCCCAAGUGGCCAAUGGAAUUGGCCUUCCUGUGUCGAAACAUGAUGCAUCUACUCUUACCCAGCCGAAGCCAACAGCUAGGAAGGAACCCAAUCAGUGGUAUGACGUUGGUGUAUUUAAAACUACAAGCACGGUGGUGGUUUCCUAUUUCCUGCCUGCAGAGGGCUCUCAAGGAGAAGAGGAUGGAAGUGGCGAUAACAUACCGGACCACAGCAACCUGAAGACUGUGAAACUGCAGUCAGGCACUGCCUAUAAAUUCCGAGUGGCUGGCAUAAACGCUUGUGGGCGGGGUCCAUUCAGCGAAAUAUCAGCCUUCAAGACCUGCAUGCCAGGAUUCCCAGGUGCACCAUCUGCCAUCAAGAUCAGCAAGGUUGCUGAAGGUGCACAACUGUCUUGGGAGCCUCCUGCUGUCACUUCCGGGAACAUCAUCGAAUACUCCGUAUAUCUGGCACUUCCAGGGUCACAGGCAACAGAUCCAAAACCCGCAGGGACUUCCCAUCUGCUGUUUGUCCGUGUUUACUGUGGGCCAGUUCCCAGCUGUCUAGUAUCUUCAUCCAACCUAGCAAAUGCACACAUCGAUACAACCACAAAGCCUGCUAUAAUCUUUAGGAUAGCAGCCAAGAACGAGAAGGGCUACGGGCCAGCCACCCAGGUCAGGUGGCUACAAGAUGCCAGCAAAGAUGGGGCAAGGCCUGCAACCAAGCGUUCUGUUGCAUCCCAUGAUGACAAACUAAUAAGUGCGAACAAGAAGCCUAAGGGAGAUGGGUCCUAAAUCCCAUGUGCAUUGUGAACUUUCGCCUUUUUAUUUUAAAUAACUAAGAACUCAACUAGAUGCAGAAUCUACCUUGGUAUAUCGGCGCACCACACAGCAGCAGGAUUUUGCUUCAGAAGAACAAAGUCCUUACUUUUAUUACUGUUCAUUUAAAAGGACAAGAAUCUCAUUUGAAAGUACCUGCAGUGAACUAAUGGUAUUAUUUGAAGGAAAGGCACCCUGUUGUAUUGAAGCGCAUUCACCUGCCAAAUGAUCCAACUCGCCAAAACAACUUUUACUGAUAUUCCUCAUCAGAGUAGGAACUUUUUUUUAAACCUUUCCCCUCUAGUUUUUUCUCCUCCCUCCCCCAACAGCCAAUUUUGAAGCACCGAUCGUUUCUUUCUGCAUAUCACACGACUGUCUCUAACUCAAACCUGAAAACCUUGAGAUCAGAGUGUACACCCAGUGUUUCAUCGUUUGGAGCUACGAAUAACUAUCUUCCAGUGGACUUAAUUGAAGGCUACUAACUUUUUUCCUUCCCGAAGGAACUGGGUCAUCAUCUCUCUGUUCUGUGUCUCGCACGCUCUCUCCUUUUACUCCCCCACUCCAAAACCUCCGCAUGUAAUUAAUUGGGUGUAAUUAUUCCCUUGAAUCCUGAACUGAAAAUGUUUUCUGUACAAACCUCAUCUUCACCUGGAACAAUUCCAUGUGUACAGGUGUGUACUAUUCCAUUAUGAUACUUAUUAGAGGGAUUUGUGAUUAUAUAGUGUUACAGUUUGACACUGCCACAGCGAGAGGCUUUGUGUACACGAACAUGUGCCAUUUUGUCACAGGUCUGCACAAGAGAAAACUGCAGUGUCUGCUGCUGGUCAGGAACGGUUGUCCAUAUUUUAGAAUGAAUUCAGGUUUUAUAUUAGACUGGGGCAGGGAGGAGGGUCUUCAACUCUGACUAGAAAUGCAGUGAAUUCUGCUCUGUGUUUUCAUGGCAGGAAUUGAAGGUUUUGUAGUGGUGGGGAUGAGAGGAAGCAAAACAGCUUUUGAAUGCAAGUUUCUAAUCUCUUUAGUUUGAAGAGUGUCUGAGGCGGCUGUAUAUUGAGUGGGCGGGAUGAGAAUUACCUGGUUACCCUGUGUGAUCAGAUACUGGGUUAUAUUGGUCUUCAUAAAGUCGUGAAUGUAAUUAAUUGGGAACUAGAAAUGUAUCCCUUGAAGCUUUUCCCAAAUGCAGUAAGAAUGGUAGAAAAUCUGAUUUUUCACAGAAUGUUUCUUCACUUGUCUGUCUGCGCGUGUCUGUGGAGUGAGUGCGCAGUCUGCAUAAGAGGAGGUAUCAGCUCUAACUCUAAAUAGAACAAUUUCACCAUCCCAAAGUGCCACAGAAACACACAGCACAUGUGUGUGUGUGUGGCUAGAGCCUUCCUUGAUGCUGUUUUCAGCCCUUGAACAACCCUUGUUCAGGAUAUUAAGUUUCUGCCCUUCCCCCAACCCCAGCGCUAACUGGAUUGUGAUGUGAAAGGGAGAUUGAGAGUCGGGUGGGAAAGUGCCCAAGUGGAGAGAAACAACUUCACUGCUUUUCAGUCCUGCAGCCAUGCAACAACAACAAUAAAGUGGAUUGGAACUGGAUCUGAACAGAUAACUAAAGUGGUGUGUGGCUGAGUCACUCUGUAGCAUGGCUGUUUGUGUGUUUCAGCUGUGAUUGGUGUCCAACCCUUUUUGUCAGAUAGGGGUGUGGCCUGAGUGCACAGCCCCAUGAUUACAUCCUUAUUUUAGCAACGUCUCUAGUCUUAAUGUGUUGCACGCUCAAAGUUGGAUGAGGUAAUAGUUAGUAAAGUUCCCAGAGUGGAUAGAUGGAUGACUAAUUGCACAGCCAGUGCAGCACUGAGUCAGGCAAGAAGACAAUAGGUCAUGUGUUCAACGGCUCAUCCUCCGCUGAGGUGAGUGAAAUUUACUGGCCUUGGUGAUCACCGCCCGGCAAUGACUCCUGGGUCAGGUAGGGAUUACUUUGGGCUCUACUGUGAUGCCUUGAUAGAGUAGCUGACCAACAAUCAUCAUCUAGACUCACAUGAAAACAACCAAUGGUGGCAGUAGAUGUCUGAAGACAAGUCAGCAAAGCAUUGGGAGUAAUUUUGCGGGGGCUGUUUUUUUAAGCUAGUUUUCUUCAACUUUCAGCAGCCAAAUGUGCUGGACCUUGCACGCACUUUCUGCUCCAAACUACCUGCUGAGGGUGGAGCACUGACUAUCAUUUUUUUGUUGCAAAUCAUUUACUUAAGUAUUAGGUGCACAGAUUCUUUCCUGAUCGAUGUCUUGCACUGUUUCCACAAGGAUUUCUUUGACAUUUUGGUACCAUCUUAUACCAAAAUGUGUUCUCCAUUAAUGUACUAGUACAUUUGUGUGAGGAUCUCUAUUCGUCCCCUCAGAGUGUUGCCACCUCCACUGAUGAGCCAGAACUGUGCCUCAGUGUUACAGUAACCAGUGUUAUACAGUGACAAACCUGUACUCACCAGUACUGUACUCUGGUGUUAUAUGGAUCCAAAUAUUGGAAGAACAAUUUGAACCAGGUGUAAUUUUUAAUUUUAAGUGAUCAGAAUAUGAAAACGUCACAUACCAUUUUGUUACUCUGUACCAAAAUCCUGGGCAUCCUGCAAUUUAUUCAUAAGCUACAUUUGACUUCUGAUCAAAAAAGCAUUUUUAAAAUACAUAUAUUUAAUGUGAAUUUGAAAAGACAAAGUAUCCAUGAUUGUUCCCAGUGAAAAUAUGACCCCCAUCUGUUCUGAAAGCAAAUACUUGUUACUGGACAAAACCUAGCAAAAUAAUUUUUACCUUUUUUGUCAAAUUAAACUCCUGCAGUAGAACUCAGCAUGUCGAAAACAUCUGAGUUGGGUGCAGGAAUGAACGGGGGGGGGGGGGCUAAUUUUUAUAUUUAUGUGGGUUUUUUUCUUUCUUCAAUGAUCAGAAAUUCUAUCCAAAUAUCAGAGAGUCUGGGCAAGGUUGGGGGGGUGAGCAUUAUAAUCCUAUUCUCAGUCGCAAACAGCCACUCCCAUUUUGUUCAGCCAGAUAUUUCGAACAUCUUCAAUACAGGCAGCAUAAUCACCCUGGUUUUAUUUGUCAGCACAUGAAAACUGAAGUUUUUUUUAAAUACAGUAGUUGGUUGCCUGUGUCUUUUUAAAUAUAUAUAUAUUCAGAGAUCUGGGAGAAAGAAAAAUACUGAUGUGUUCUCCUUUUUUUUUUAAAUCCCCCAAGAUUUAUAUAUGUACGUUGUAUCUAUCUGGAUCUCAUAUCGUAGCAGACUGUACAUAUAUUUCAAUUUUUUUUAUUCCUUCCUGGGUCACUUCUACUUAGCUGUCUCAAGUUCAAGGGGCAUCCCCCAGGUCGUACGCCAGGAGCCAUUUCGCUUAAGCUUUCAGAAAAUAGCCUAUGGUUUAUUAUUGCUUCUUUUGACAGGCAGACCAGUGGUGAAAUUGGAAGGGUUUUAGUUAAUCUGGGGAGAGCUGUUCUCUCUGUACAGGGUAUGUCUUUAAAUGAUGCAAAAAAAAAAGGCCCAAGUUUGGCUCCAGUCAUUUUGUAAUAUUGUGUACAGCUCGGAUAGGAAGUGUGCUAAUGUGUUUUUUUUUAAGAAAAGGGUUUUGUAUAGUUUUUACAUGUUUAAACUGGGCGGGGAGGGAGGUGGUGGGAAAUGCAUGUAGUUUAGAAUUCGCUCUCCGGAAAAAGAUAUUUCCCUCUUUCUCCCACCCCAAAUUCUGUAUGUAGCUAUGUUUCCCAUGCUGUGAAGUCAGUAACAUUUAUAUGUACUUCUCUGCUGCUUUCACCUGUUGUAAUGAAUUUAUAUUUUUUUGGAUUUAAAGGAAAACACAGGAAAAAAAAACAUUGUCCAUUGUAGAAAAGUCAAAUUAUAAAUCAUUUUGCUACCCUUUUUGUGCUUUUUUUGAAUAAAACCUUUUUUGAAUAAA